UACCGCAAGUCGCUUCCGCCCCGGGCGCGGUCCAGGCCACGCCCACCUGCCUUUUUGACCUUAUUACUUCACGAGUAUGGGGAUUGUUGCGUCUGAUACAGAGGCCCUAACCGGCUUUUCUGCUCCGUAUGCUCUCGGGUUUCCGACCAUUAGCAUAUUUUUCUCCGAGAAAAUAAGAAUGUCUUUCGCGCCGCCCAUGGCGUCCGCCUGCCGCCGCGAGAGUCCCUUUACUUCUUGGCGCACCGUUGGACCACUUCUGAUGUCUGUGGUGUUCCACCUGCUAAUUACACACACCGAUGCUUGUGCUCCUCCACCAAGAUAUGAAACUAUGAGGCUCAUGGAUCCCAUUAAAGACAGUUAUGCUCCUGGGGAGUCAGUCAAAUAUCAGUGUCGCUUAGGAUACAUGGUAAAGCCUUCCUUUGCCAGGACUGCUGUUUGUCAGGCUGAUAACUCAUGGACACCUCUCUCAGAAGCUUGUACAAAAAAACGGUGUAGCAAUCUAGGAGACCCAGGAAAUGGCCGUGUAAUAUUCACAAAUGAAACCUUGGAGUUUGGCUCACAGAUUGACUUUGUUUGUGACGAGGGUCAUUACCUCAUUGGUAAAAAAACUUUAUAUUGUGAGAUUGCUGAAGGUUCAGUUAGAUGGAGCGGUGAUCCUCCGAUAUGUGAAAGGGUUUUGUGUGCACCACCUCCAAACAUAGAAAAUGGACAGUACAGCAAUAUGGGAAAGGAAGUCUUUGCAUAUAGUGACGUAGUACAUUAUAGUUGUAAUCGUCAAAGUGGAUCAGAUCAAUAUUCACUUGUUGGACAAGAAAGCCUUGUUUGUUCUGCCAAUGGAGAAUGGAGUAGCGAGCCUCCUAAGUGUAAAGUGGUGAAAUGUAUUUUUCCAGAUGUCCAAAAUGCAGAUCGAAUAGCCGGGCUUGGAACAAAAUUUACCUACCAAUCAAAAGUUACAUUUCGGUGCCAUGCGGGUUUUGUCAUAAAUGGAAGCAACACAAUUACCUGUGAAGAAGAUGGUUUGUGGGUUCCCCCAAUUCCACAGUGUGUUAAAGCCUCGACUUCUCCCACUACAAAACCUCCAAUUUUGAGUCAUUCAGUGUCGACUGCUCCAGUGUCGACUCUUGCCAAUACAGUAUCUCCAAUUUCCAAUCCUUCAGCUGUGCCUACGACUCCUUCAAGUAUUCCAGGAUAUUCUCCUUCCACUAAACAGCCACCAAUUUCAGGCGUUCUAGAUGGAGGCAGCAUCGCUGUGAUUGUUGUUGCUGUCCUUAUGGCAGGUAUAGUAGCUUCCGUCUUCCUGUACAAGUACGUUGGCCACAGGAGGAGGGGCACAUACAUAAGUGAUGAGAGCCACAGAGAAGUAAAAUUUAUUUCUCUCUGAGAAGAAGAUAGAUGAAAGGUUUUAUCAUUAAAAGGAAAACAGAGGUUACAGCUGAAUACAGCACUUACAAGGAUACAUCAGCCAGUCCAGCAGAGCCGGAGAGCUAAAUGGAUUCUACAAACUGGUGCAUCAUUUUAUCUUUUGAUUCUGUUACAAUAUUAAGACCUACAAAGCAUAUCCUGUAGUUUCUUGAGUCCUACUGUUAAGUCAUGAUGUUAGCAUCUGAAUAAGGCUUGAAUCUAGUCACCAUUCUCUGAUGCUGCUUUGGAACAUGCAUGAACUUGGGGACGAACAUCUUACCUGUGUCUGCUUAAAUAACACUUCUAUUUCAUGGUAAGUCAAAGUCAAUACAGUAUCCUUAGUAGUAUUAGAAUGGGAAAAAGAUUUAUAGAAGUCUCCCAAUUAGACAAAUACCGUUCAAAAUGAAGCAACAGUGAUGCGCCACAUCCACUCGGGCAAUGUCUGGCCACAUAUAUGUCCGUGGUCCCAUAAGGUUAUAACAGAGUUCAGAAAUCCCGAUUAAAGAAUGGGACAUAGCGGACGUAACCGGACGCAGCAAACGCAGCAGCUUCCCACACGCAAUACAUAUAUCUCAUGUCUCUUGUAUACAAAGCGAUGGCACUGCCAGGUGUACUACAGUAUCCUAUAUAGCUUUGCUAAGUAUAUAAUAUGGUGUUUGCACAACAUCCAAAUCACAGUGUCCUAUUUCACAUAACGUAUUGUGGACGGUACAAAACACAACUGUAUAUUUCAUUUGUGGAUAAAAUGGUUUUGAAAUUUUUGUUCAAAGAUUCAUGCCAGUGCUUAAGAUUCAUUCUUUCAACAGUUUUAACAUGUAUUUUAUUGUUUAUUGUAAAAAAAAACUUUGCAGAUAUGCAUAUACUACUUCAGCUCUUAUUGUUAAGUGCCAUCUCACAGCAACCCUACGUACAAUAGAAAGAAACACUGCCCACCCCUGUGCCAUCCUCACAGUCAUUGCUAUGUUUGAGCCCGUUGUUGCAGCCACUGUGUCA